ACACAUUCCCGACUUGCUUGGAACGGAGGGAUCCAGAACGAGCAGGCGAACACGGGAUUUAAGAAAAGUUUAUACUCGGAGUGCUGCGCGCAAGGAGGUCCUGAAACCGCCGAUUUAAUUGCGCAAGGUAACCAACCUGUCAACACACUGGCGCUCUGGGGCGUCGCUUCAGUCGCAUGCUGUAACAUAGUGGAGUUUAUUUGAGAUAAUGUCAUGUUUUGUAGUGUUCGGAAAGCGAAUGUUCGAGCAACAGUGUUUUCUCCAACAAGAUGCUGUGAUGCGUUGUGAAUAGAAAGUUUUCUCCAAAGGCCAGUUUUGAGAGUGGACUGUGAUGAUGUCCAUGCAAAUGAACGAGGCAGAGGGGUCAGUGAAGGUGGCCGAGUGGCAGCAGACGUACUAUGCCCACGACUCCGGCAUCCAAUCAGGUGCCACCACCAUGCGAGAUGAUGAGGGCACAGAGUACAGCGCCAAGAAGUAUGCCGUCACCACCACCUUGGUGGAAAACCCUACAGAGAUGGAGGCCCAGUACACCCUGACACGGGCCCAGCGAGUGAGAGCGGCCAUGUUCCCAGAGACCCUGGUGGAGGGCGAGGCGGUGCUGUCCAGUCAGACUGACCCGGGUCAGCAGACCAACGUACAGCGGCUAGCUGAGCCCUCGCAGCUCCUCAAGACCGCCAUCGUCCACCUCAUUAACUACCAGGAUGACGCCGAGCUGGCCACUCGCGCCGUGCCAGAGCUCACCAAGCUGCUGGCCGAUGAUGAUGCGGUGGUGGUCAACAAGGCGGCCAUGAUCGUGAACCAGCUGACGCGGAAAGAGGCGUCUCGCCGGGUGCUGAUGCAGUCCCCCCAGAUGGUGGCGGCGGUGGUGCGGGCCAUGCAGAACACGGGAGACAUGGAGACAGCCCGUUGUGCCGCCAGCAUCCUCCACAGCCUGUCCCACCAGAGAGAGGGCCUGCUCGCCAUCUUCAAGUCCGGGGGCAUCCCCGCCCUGGUCCGCAUGCUCAGUUCUCCCAUGGAGUCAGUGCUGUUCUAUGCCAUCACCACCCUACACAACAUGCUACUGCAUCAGGAGGGAGCCAAGAUGGCGGUGCGCCUGGCCGACGGCCUGCAGAGGAUGGUGCCCCUGCUGAAGAAGAGCAACCCCAAGUUCCUGGCCAUCACCACAGACUGCCUGCAGCUGCUCUCCUAUGGAAACCAGGAAAGCAAGCUUAUCAUCCUAGCUAACGGGGGCCCUGAGGGGCUGGUCUUCAUCAUGAGGAACUAUAAUUAUGAGAAACUGCUGUGGACCACCAGCCGUGUGCUCAAAGUUCUCUCAGUGUGCCCUAGCAACAAGCCCGCCAUAGUGGAAGCUGGGGGCAUGCAAGCCCUGGGACAGCACCUGACUGGCUCCAGCCAGCGCCUCACACAGAACUGCCUCUGGACCCUGAGGAAUCUGUCUGAUGCUGCCACUAAACAGGAGGGUCUGGACGGCCUGCUGCAGGUGUUAGUGGGACAGCUGGGUUCGGACGAUGUCAACAUGCUGACAUGCGCCACGGGGAUCCUGUCCAACCUCACCUGCAACAACUCCCGCAACAAGACCCUGGUCACGCAGUGCGGCGGCGUCGAGGCGCUCAUCCACGCCGUGCUGCGGGCCGGAGAAAAGGAGGACGUGGCCGAGCCCGCCGUCUGCGCCCUGCGCCACUUGACGUCACGCCACCAGGACGCGGAGCUUGCCCAGAAUGCUGUGAGGCUGCAUUAUGGUAUUCCUGCCAUUGUCAAGCUGCUGGGGCAGCCCCACUACUGGCCUGUGGUGAAGGCCACGGUUGGUCUGAUCCGUAACCUGGCGCUGUGCCCAGUCAAUCAGGCCCCACUGAGGGAUGCUGGAGCCAUCCCCCGAUUGGUCAACCUGCUGCUGAAGGCUCACCAGGACACCCAGAGACACGCCUCCAGUUCUCAGCAGACGUACCAGGAUGGUGUUCGUAUGGAGGAGAUAGUGGAGGGCUGUACAGGAGCCCUGCACAUCCUGGCCAGAGACCCCGUCAACAGGGGAGAGAUCGCCAGCAUGCAGACCAUCCCACUCUUUGUACAGCUGUUGUACUCGUACGUGGAGAACGUGAAGCGUGUGUCUGCGGGGGUGCUGUGUGAGCUGGCCCUGGACAAGCAGUCUGCGGAGAUGAUCGACGCAGAGGGUGCCUCCGCCCCGCUCAUGGAGCUGCUGCACUCCAACAACGAGGGCAUCGCCACCUAUGCGGCAGCCGUUCUCUUCCGUAUCUCGGAGGACAAGAGUUCCGACUACAGGAAGCGUGUGUCCGUGGAGCUCACCCACUCACUGUUCAAACACGACCCUGCGGCCUGGGAGAUGGCCCACAAUGCUGUACCCAUGCAAGCUGCAUACUUGGCGGAUGAGCUGGAUGGAGGCUACCCCCCCUACGGCUACUCUGACCUGGGCGUGGACGAGAUGCCACUGGAAGCGGAGAUGCAUGAGCAGUACAUGCCUGAGAUGGCCUAUGAUCCCCGACAGGCCUACCCAGAGCCACUCUAACACACAGUGCAAGGCACAAAAUGGAAGGAGUGAAAUUGGCAUGAACACCAUGGAGGGACAGCUGAACGAGGAUUUCACAAAGGGAAACUCCUAUUUCAUGGGGAGACAUUGGCCAAUCAGGGGCUGUUGUCAGAAAACACAAGAAAAAUGUAAUAAAAAAAGAAAAAAAUAAUUUUGUGUUCCUCAAAAUGAAAAGUUGCUUUGUUACAGUUAAUGUGGUGGGAAAUUGAAAUUUAACUUUCAGAUGCUGUGUUGGUUUUAGGCGUUUCCUUGCAUAUUUACCUUGCAAUUUUUUUUACAUUUUCGUCAUGCGUAUAAUUUACAUGCCGGUAUGCAGAGCCACAUACAGUAGUCCUCGACAAUAACCAGUAACAUUGAGUUCAGACAAGAAAUCUUAUUCAUCACGUAAUGAGUGCUCAGGCCCAGCAGUGCUGUCUAUCCCCCCCCAGUCCAGUCCAGUCCAUGAUCCAGACUGCUGCUGGGCCUGAGGUUCCGAGACAAGCACCCCCCCCCCCCCCCCCGGAAGGUUUGUCCACAACCACUCUCUCCCAGUCGAGUGGUCUCCCAAGCACACUGGACCACAACUUCAGCUGGUGCGGUUGGUGCACCCUCUGUUCCUGUGGACCGGUCUUGCUCACCAACAGUUGCAGACACUCAACCGACACCGCAUACAUAUGCAUCAUGGACUAAUACAUUGUGCUUCAACAUAAAAAUGUGUGUACGACACAAAAUGUCAUGUCUGGCAGGCCCGCACGCUUUUACAGCUACUACAACUGACGUUUCCACAAAGUAUGUGCGUUGUUAUGGAAGAUGUUUUUGAUUUUGUCUUGAUUCCUGGGGGUUUUGGGGAGGCGGGGAGGAAGAUUGGGAGUGUGUUUUACUGAGGUCAGAGGCAGGGGGUGUAUGCCAAAGAGAUUUAUUUUGUGACGAUGAUAAUCAUACAGCUUUCUGUUUAUUUUCUAUUUUGAUUGGGUGGGGGGGUUGUGUGGAGGGAAGCAGUAAUCGUGAUCCUGUUGUUUGUAGAGUGUGUGUUCCAUAGCGACCCCGCUGCACAUUCCUACCUACCAAAUGAUAGAAAAGGCAAAGGAAAACGAGGGAUGAUCGAAGGAUGAUGUUGAUAAGAGAGGAGUGUACCAUAUGAAUGAAGGGGAAAUUAACACUACGAAUAUGCAUUUUUACAGAACAUUUUUAGUUUGAAACUUUUUUUCAAAUAAACAAACUAUAUUAACUA